UUGGCACACAAGUAGUCGGCUUGAUGAAGUUUGUAAACACAAAUAGAAAUUAAAAAAUUGAUGACAAAGUUGUGAAAAGUUUUUGAUAAUGUGAAAAUGUGGCCAAAGUACUGUUCUCCAAGUUAUUCAUGAUAUUUUCACUACUGACAGUUCCCUAGGCUCGUAAAUUCUCUGGUGAAGGAGUGAGUUAUCUCUAUGAGGAGAAUAUCACUGAAAAAAAUUCAAUAUUGUGAUGACGAUUUUACGUAGUCUGUGGAUAAUUGUAAUUCUGUGCUCUCUGGUGACACUCAACAGCCCAGAGGCUAAGGACGAUGGAGUCAUCGAGUGUCAACUGGGUAAAGCCCUCAGAAAGCAGGUUAAACCCACGCCACUGGGUGGAAUGUGUCUCAAGGACAUCGUAGCAGCGCUAUCGCAGGUCCUGAGGUCAAUUGGCAACGAUGAGCUCGGGCUCACCGAGUUCCAGGAGAUGUUGGACAAACUGGACUUUGUCAGCAUCACGGACGAACCUGAGGAUGCACUGAGGUCUCUAACUGAUAGUAUCAAUGCUAAGCUGGAGAUUUUUCUGGAUAUUUUGGAGAAAAGCUUGAACCUUGUGGUUCCAAUACUUGAGAGGGAUGCCUUCCAUGGAGAUGAGUCUGCUGGGAGACGAGGGGGAAAGAGCCGAAGGGAGAAAUCUAUAGAUUUGUGCUCUCAAGUUGAAAAUGAGUUGGCAACAAAGUUAAAAACCCCUCGUUGGAAGCACCUCCGCGUUCUCCCCUUCCUCCACCGUCCUGGAGUUAUUUGUGGCCAGGCGGGACCCGUCCGUAACAUCGGCUCCCUAUUUUUAUCCCAAUGUGACAGACCGAAGAACGUGAUCGUCCUGAUGGAGCACGGUGCCUUUAUGUCUGAGGAGGACAUAGCUCUGGCCCGUGCCACUGCCAAGACAAUUGUCGACAUGCUCUCGGACUCCGACUCGGUAACAAUCAUCGGUCUGGCAGGUCGAGGCUUCGUCCAUUGCAAAAAUGGACUGGUGAAGUCAACGGAUGUCAAUAAAUUCCAACUGAUCAGACGAAUCGACGCCACGAUGAGAACAGACUCCAACGAGUCCCUCACAAUUGACUUGGACGGUCUGACACGAAACGUUUCAGGAAAUGUCGUUGUUGUGCACGUGACCAACACUCUGAAGGACAUCUCCAACGUAACAAAAAUCAUCGAGACGAUUUCCUCGAAGCAGGUGACAGUUCACUUACGAACAGUAUUAAUUCUCUCCAACCUGAAGCCCCACGUUGCAGUAGAGGAGACAUCAGUUAACUCGAGCAUCAUCACACUCCCCACGCACAACAUCCUGGGGUACGAUAUUGCGAGGUUGUUCUCCACGUUGGAAUGUCCCACGAUGAACAAGAAAGACUACUACCUCUCUGACUCGUACUUGGAGACCUACUCCUACGGCAAAAUGAUGACAGUCUCCAUCACCAGAGUCACCGACACUGCGCUGGUGUCCCUCGACGUGAAGUUUCAUGAAUUGGUGAACGAGAUCACCUACUUCAACGCCGGAGCCACGACGCGAGCAAUUCUCUUGGAUAAAAAAGGGAUUGUGCUGAUGCACAAGAGCUUCCCCAGGAUUGAGACACUGUCUGAACAGCCUCUCAAAGUUUACCUCAAAGAUAUCGAGAACAUAGAUGACCGAGUAGUGAUGGAGAUGAUAGAGCAGCCAGGAGGAUUGAUGGGUGUGCUCAACAAACUGGGGAUAAAUGUCACUGUGAGAUGGAGACACCUGAAGUACCUCGAUUUAAUCGUCUGCGUGGUAACCGAGGAGACCGACUCCCCAUCCUCCAGGUCAGUGGCUAAAUUUCCCCCCCAACUACCCGAUAAUCUUCUCCACCAUCGAUUGGAUACCGUUCCCAUAAACUCAGCGGACUUGUGUAAUUACAAGGGACACAUUCAGAGUCUCUCCCAUGCGGUUGUCUAUCUCUCCCAGUGGUCGUUAAGACCGUCUCUGGAGGACGAGGGUGAUCGUGUGACACCUCAGAGCUACAUGGCCUACAUCAAAGACACCACAGGAUUACUAGCGAAUCCUGGACUGAGUGCAUCAGUUCGACGAGACGUUGGAACAAUAUCCCAGAUCCUGGGACACUUCAAGAAACGACAUGACAAGAGUUCUGCAGGGAAAUUCAUCGUGAGGAGGUACGUGACAGCAGUGGAGUCUGGUGUCGUUGAAAUCUUCCCCGGGACAUCAUUGGAAUCGGGUUUCGACCCCAAACGAAGGGUGUGGUACACAAAAGCCCUUGAUCACCCUGGAAAAAUCGUUCUCUCAGGGCCUUAUUUGGAUGCAGCUGGUGCUGGUUACGUUCUGACUCUGAGUCAGACCAUCUUCGAGGGCCGAAGGGCGGCACUUCAUGCCCAGAAAGAUCCCGUUGUUGCUAUCGCCUCGAUGGACAUCACCAUGGGUUACGUGGCGAAAAUAAUGAAGGACAUGGUGGGAUUCUGCAAUGAAUCCACAAUCAAGUGUUUCCUGAUGGAUGACAGAGGCUAUCUGGUAUCUCAUCCAGCGCUCUUCGAACCUGGCACUCCAAAGCUUCUUCAGCAACAGCAUCUCACUCGCCAGGAGUUGCUGGUCUCCAACGAUAUGCUGAAUCAUGAGAUGUUUGUCAAGAAGAAAGCGUGCGUGAGUCAUCUGGACGGUACUGUCCAGAGGUACUACGAAUUCAACACGUCCUUGGACAACGUUCUCACGAAUAUUAUUCAUGGAAAGCACUGCGUUAAGUAUCAAAUGGCUGCAGUUCCAGGAACAAAUCUCUUCUUCGGAGUUGUGAAGGAGACAUGUGCACCAGAGGCCUUCUGUCCUUGUAGUACUAUGGACCGAACCUGCCUCAACUGCAUCAGGAUGGAACAGACUGAGUGUGAGUGUCCCUGUGAGUGCUCUCUGUAUGCUGAUGGAUGCCAGAGGGCAAAUACCAGCAGUAGCCUCGAGCCCUGUGCUCCAGCGUUCGAGCAGGGGACCUCCAGGUACGAUCCCACCACUUCCAACUGGGGGAGAUCCUCGUUGUACGUUCAACAGCUGGGGAUUCCCCAGUGUCCAACACCUGAUUGCAAGAGUUAUGAGACAGAGAGUGAUUGUCUGGGGAUCUUUGGAUGUCAGUGGUGCUCAAUUGAUUCGGACGGAGAGUCAUCACUGGCCUCUCCCUUCUGUUCAGAUACUUAUUUAUGUUUUAAGGGUGUUCUGGGAUCGUUGUUUCCAUAUGCAGAUGGUACUUAUAACUCUCAGUCGAUGGGAGAUGCUGGGGGGAAGGAGUGGCCCUCGGUUGGGCCAGUUGCAGGGGGUAUUCUCGCUGUUGUAUUGAUUUUUGGAAUAAGUCUCUUCUGCUAUCGGCUGCACAGCGUUCAGACAGGUCUUGAGCAUCAGUGCCUUCAUCUUCAUGGAUCUCCAGAUACACUGCGGAUGACUCAUCUCGAUGUGGGACUCGGGGGGAGUGGCAGUGGACGAGAUCCAGAGCCCAUUGAAAUGGAUAGAUCGAAAAAUCAUCUGGAUGCAUUGCUCCAUGAAAAUGGACCACCUAUAUCGCCUUACAGGGUCUCUACUAAUUAUAGGAGACCUGCUGGGGGUGACAGUGAUCAUGGAUACAGCACCAUGACGCCUCACGAUGAUAAUGAACAGCAGUCAUUUGCAGAACCACUUCUACUCGUUGGAGGUGGUAAUGAACCGGAAUGGGUGAGGAGAUCGAUUGUCUCGUCACCUACUCCAAUCACUUGCCUCGAGUCACCUCAUCGGGUACUCGCACCAGUCACCGUACAUCGAAAUAUGGAGACUAAUUAUUGUUAAGAUCCAAAAACUAUCAGCUGGACUCGAGAGAAAAUGCUGGAGAACGUUGUGUAGUUUUUUUUGUCCAAUCGCAAUCAGAAAAAAAAUGAAACGAAAAUCCUGACAACAGAGAUUCACGGUCUGCUGAUUUUUAGUGGAUUUGAUCCUUUAGUAGUGAAGUUCAUCUUGAAUAUUAUGGAUAGUGUUUUUUUAAUUAGUGUGAGGUUUAGGACAGGGAGGUCUUGGAGCAAGUGCCAAUGAACAAUAUUUAUAAUGUAAUAAAAUUCCGACACAGACUGAUGGAGCGACGAAAUUUUGUAAAAUAUUUUUUUAAUAUGGAUACAGACACAAUUUUUAUAAUAAUUUUUUUUUACUAUGAUGAGACAUUUUAUCGAGAGUUUAUGGUGGUACAUUUGUGGAUGGAAACGUCGUAAACGUUUUAUUGUACUUUUUUACAUGAUAUUAAAAAAAUUGACAUGAAGAGGA